AUGGCCGAUCCUGAGCGUCCUAUCGACAUUUUAGCUAUUUGCGAUGAGUGGAAGCCCUCGAAGGGUGGUUUGUCUGCUUUUAAUAGAGAAUUGGUUAUCAAUUUGGCAAAAGUAUCGGGGGAAAAUGUCAAUAUACAUUGCUACGUCUCCCAAAGCGAUGAUGCGGACAGAGAAAAUGCUAAAAAAAAUGGCGUAAACUUGGUGACUGCUCAGAAAAUACCAGGAACGGAAAAUCCGCAUGAAUGGCUAAAGUUUCCACCGCCAGAAUUACCCAAUAUUGAUAUAGUGAUUGGGCAUGGUAGGAAAUUUGGAUUACCCGCCUGUUUUAUAAAAAGAAUCAUGAACAAGUUCAAAUUGCCAUGCAAACUGUUGCAGUUUCUGCAUGUAUAUUGCCUUGAGCUUGGAAAGUACAAAACGUCGAAAAGUUCCGAAGAUUUUCCGGCAGGCGAUUCAAUCCACGACAAUGAAGCAAAGCACAGAGACGAAGUUGACCUCUGUGAAGAAGCCGAUGCCGUUGUUGCCGUGGGAAAGGCUCUACAGCAGAACUACCAAGGAUGUCUACCAGAUACUGAGGUACAUGCUUUCACCCCAGGUAUUUUUGACAGUUUUGUAUCGAAUAAGCCUCCUCAGAAGCUACCUCCAGCAGAAGAUGAGGAAUUCACAUGUCUGGUUUGUGGUCGAGCAUCCGAGGAGGAUCGUUCUCUCAAAGGUUAUGACAUUAUCGCAGAUGCUAUAGGAAGUCUUGCAGAGAAUUUUAAGUUGGUAUUUACUGGUUCGCCCGCUGGUAAACAAAGAAAAGUAGAGUCGUGGUUCCUAAAGGAAACCAAGAUAGAACGCGAGCAACUGACCGUUCGCAGUUAUGUCGACCAGAAGCAGCUAAAAAAACUGAUCCGCACUUCGGACGUGGUUGCGCUCCCAUCUCGUACUGAAGGUUUUGGAUUGGUUGCUCUGGAAGCCAUUUCUGCUGACACAAAUGUUCUUGUAUCCAAACGAGCGGGAAUCUCCCGUGUCCUCCAAACGGUAGAAGGUGGAAAUUCAGUUAUCGUUAAAUUACCUAAUAAUCCUGAUGAAUGGGCUGACAGAAUCCAACAACUGUCCAACCAGACCCUUCAGGAAAGACGUGAAAGAGCUGUUUACCUUCGGAAAAGCUAUGCAGAGAAAUACUCUUGGGAAGAAGAAUGUCGGAACCUUUUGUCUUUGAUUAAGAAAUUGGUGAUGACAGGUACGUGGGCUGGUUUUUAAAAGUUGUUCAGUUUCACUAGCCUCAUCCUCAGUAACCUGCAAAUUAUAUGACCAAAUGUUUUAUAUGGUGCUUUUUGACGAAUUGAAAUUCUUUUUACUGGCGUGUACUAAAACCCGAAACAACAAAAGAAAAGAACCGAAACAAGUAAAACGGCCAAAACAACGAAACAAAACUACUGACAUGAUCAAACAUAACCUGCAAAGAUCACUGGUUAGCGAUGCACCUCACUCUUCACCACCAGGGGCAGUUUAUGAUCUCGCCCUAUGAGCCCUGCUACGUAGCACCCCUCAAAAAAGAGCAGUUAAAAUAAGAGCUAUAUAGGUAUGUGUCACUGUGAAGGUAUGGUUUUCAAGCAGUUUUCUCUGUGAUAGGGUAUUUAAAUCAGAGAGUUUGGGUCCAGAAACACUCACCUGAAUGAUCAUAUUCCACCUAAUUAAUAAUUAAAUACAAGCACCCUUUGAUUUUCUAAUAAGUAUGUUUACAAUUUCUUUCUUUUUUUUAUCUACAGGUGACGAGAAAAGCAAUCAACCCUCAAAAUCAAACAAUAGUGCCACCCAAGCACCUCCCCAGAUACCAGUAAACAGAAAACGAACUCGAGCUGAAGUUGAUGAUCAGAUUCAGGAAAGCCUUCCAAUGUUCGUACAAGCAGCUCUUUGGCAAUGUUUUGAAAGGAUGUUUGGCAAGCGCACACUUGUCGAGAGCCGUGGCUUGAGAUGGGGAGAUGUUUCCCUACGAGGUGAUCCUGCAACAGGCAAUGAGAGGCUGUUUUUAACAGUUGGUCGUUCCAGAGGCUGUCAAGAACAGGGAGAGCAUCCAUUGCAACCAAGGGCAGUGAAAUUUUACAAAGUAUUUGCAAAAUAUAGGCCCUCGGAGGCAAAAGAGCCUAAUUCUCCAUUUUACUUAGUAGUUAAACCUAAGGCAAAGAAAGAGGAUCAUGUGUGGUACAUAAAUAAACCACAAGCCACCAACAAAAUUGGUAAA